AUGCGCACUAUCGCUAUCCUGGCACUGAGCUUUGUCGGCGGAGGUCUGGCUCACGGCGACCACGGCGGAUCGCAAAAGCCAAUGGUCGAUGAAAAUGCCGACUGGAUGACAAAACACAUGGCAGAGGAACAUCACAUAGCUGAGUUUGACGCCUCGUCGUUCUUCUCCUUGCACGACUUCGACAGCGACGGGCGUUGGGAGCCUGAAGAAAUCCUGCGGACAUAUGGCCUCUUCGACGACUCCAACAAGCAUAUCCUCAAGUCGCGAAGGGACGAAAUCACGCGCCAGCUGCUGGCCCUGCUCGACACGGACAGUAGCGGCUACGUGACCCGCGACGAGUUCGUCAUGUUUAUCAACGAGGGGAAGCGGCUGCCCGACAUGGCUACGGGGCCCGGGCACCAUGGAGACGACGAGUAUGAGUACGAGAUUCACCAUUGGGAGAAGUACCAUGAUGAGAACACCAAGUUGGAGGACUUGACGCAUCCUGAGGAUAUUGAGCAUUUUAAGAAGCACGAGCAGAUGGAGGAUGAGGAGGAGAGGAUUGAGGCGAUGAAUAGGAUUCAGAUUAUUGAGGAUAACAUCCCAGGCAAGUUCCGAAGAGGUGGUUAG